ACUCCAUGUUCCCUAUUUACUGAGUAAAAUAUGGCACAUCUGUACUGACACAUGGGUAAUGCACAUGUAAUGAAGUGAAUGCACUUGAGAUAUAGAUAUCUAUAUGUAGAUGUACACAUUAUACUGUAUAUGGUGCUUGGAUGAGGAGGAAUGCUGAUGGAGCUCGUGCUUGGGGAAUACCUCAAUAUCAGGCAGGAGCGCAGACAAGAGGAGAGGAAGAACAAAAAAAAGAAAAGAAAGAUUCCUCCUCCUGCAACAAACUCCAGAGGCGUCGCUGACUCUUUGACGGUCAGUCUGAGGAGCGAAUAGGAACGAACAUCUUCUCAAGAUUCCUCCAAUCCGCAUCCUGGGCGGAGUCUGGGGGCUCGAAACCAGAGAGAGAAAUCCCAAAAAUGACAUCUAGGUUGCGGUGGAGCAGGGGUCGACUGAGACUCUGAGGAAGGAAAGAAAGAAAGAAAGAAGUGAAAGCUGGGUUUCAUCUGUUGGACCCGAAGCCACCCAAAGACGCACCAAGACAGGCAGGCGCGGGGGCAUUACGCACGGUUUCCAUUUGGAUGCUUCUGCUCGAGCGCGUACUUUUAUUGUCUCCUUUGGAAAUGUAGUUGCAUUCUUGAGAAAAUCUCAAGAGGACAGUUGCUGUUGGUAGUUGAUGAGAGGAGUGAGUGAGAGCCGUUGAGCCUCCCGUUUCCUGUGUUUGCCAGCAGCGCUGCAGCUGGGCUCGAGAAGCCCCGCUGCGCUCACUGAAAACCCCGGCGGUCCUCCUUCUCCGCGUCAGACCUCAUCCAGCAGCCCACUGCAAAAGUCCAGCUUCGGUGGGGAAAGGAAAAGAAGAAAUGUGCGACCUGAUGCCAGCCUCUCAGCCCGCGGAGAAAAUCGGGAAAAUGAAGAAGUUGAGGAGAACUUUGUCCGAGAGUUUCAGGAGCAUUGCGUUCAAGAAAGAGGACAGUGGCUUUGAUGAGAUAUGUGUCACAAAGAUGUCCACACGCAGCUGCCAGGGAUCGGACUCGGUCAUCAAGCCCCUGGACACCAUCCCUGAGGACAAGAAAGUGAGAGUUCAGCGCACGCAGAGCGGCUUCGACCCGUUCGAGAAGCCUGCCAGUCAGGUGAAGAGGGUCCACUCUGAGAACAAUGCCUGCAUCAACGCCAAGACUUCGUCUGCUGGCAAGGAGUCCCCCAAACUCCGCCGACACUCCAGCCCCAGUUCUCCCACAAGUCCCAAGUUCGGAAAGGCAGACUCGUACGAGAAGCUGGAGAAACUGGGAGAGGGUUCGUACGCUACGGUGUACAAGGGGAAGAGCAAGGUGAAUGGGAAGCUGGUGGCUCUCAAGGUGAUUCGCCUCCAAGAGGAGGAAGGAACGCCCUUCACGGCCAUAAGAGAAGCUUCUCUUCUGAAAGGCCUGAAGCAUGCAAACAUCGUGCUCCUCCAUGACAUCAUCCACACCAAGGAGACCCUGACUCUGGUCUUUGAAUAUGUGCACACAGACCUGUGUCAGUACAUGGACAAACACCCCGGCGGUCUCCAUCCAGACAAUGUGAAGCUGUUCCUGUUCCAGUUGCUCCGAGGCCUCUCCUACAUUCACCAGAGGUACAUCCUUCACCGCGACCUGAAACCACAAAACCUGCUCAUCAGCGACACCGGAGAGCUCAAACUUGCUGAUUUUGGUCUUGCCAGGGCCAAGUCAGUCCCCAGCCAUACCUACUCCAAUGAGGUGGUGACCCUGUGGUACCGACCCCCUGACGUCCUCCUGGGAUCCACGGACUACUCCACCUGUUUGGACAUGUGGGGAGUGGGCUGCAUUUUCAUUGAGAUGAUCCAAGGAGUGGCUGCCUUUCCGGGGAUGAAGGACAUCCAGGACCAGCUGGAGAGGAUAUUCUUGGUCCUUGGAACACCGUCUGAAGACACCUGGCCCAGUGUUAACUCCUUGCCUCACUUCAAACCAGAACGCUUUACAGUGUACAGCGCUAAGAAGCUCAGGCAAGCGUGGAAUAAGUUGGGUUACGUGGACCACGCUGAAGAGCUGGCCUCCAGAUUCCUCCAGUGCUUCCCAAAGAAUCGCCUGUCAGCCCAGGCAGCGCUGAACCACGAGUACUUCAGCAACCUUCCUCCGCGGCUCUGGGAGCUGCAGGACAUGUCUUCUAUCUUCACCGUACCAAAUGUCAAGCUGCAGACAGAGAGCGGGGACAGCAUACAGGUGUGCGCGCGAAGGAACAGUCACGGAAAAGGUUCCUCUGGCAGCAAACACUGACCUGAGGCAGAAUCCUCCUGCACAUGGCUGCCUGACAGGUUGCUGGUUCAAAAAAAUAAUAAAUAACGUGAAGACAAAGAUGCUGAGAUUGAGGAUCCAAAUGAAUGAAAGGGCCCCGGUUCUCUUUAUUUAUUACCUUCACAAGACGCGUGAGUGUGUAUGUGAGUGCUUGGGUGUGGGCGUGCGUGCAUGCGUGUGUGUGCGUGCGUGUGAACAGUACACAAGACUCAAGUCUAUCAUUUGCAAAGUUCUGUUUACUUUUUAUAAGGUUCCAAUAACUCAUUAUACCGUAUAUCUGUGUCACAGUAUAAACAAAAGUUCUUUACAUAUUGUGUUUUGUGUUUGUAACUAGCCUCCUAUUUAAGAAUGUAUAUUUGUACGUAUGAUAUACUCAUUUUAGAAAAUGUUCAGCAGACCAUUUUAAUAUUGUUUCAUCCUCUCACCUCUUCAUAUCCACCGCUAGAGACAUGCAUGUGAUUUAAAAAAACAUAUCCUAUAAAACCAAAACCACGCAUCAAUUUAAUCCGAAAAAAGUUGUUUUCUUCAUUUCUGUCUAGUUAAGUCAAGCUCUAAUGUUUGUAACUGCAUACAAUCAUAAUAAUAAUGAUAAUAAUAAUAAUAAUAAUAAUGGAGAGCUCUCAGGUGGUGGAACACAUUCUCUGGUAGCCAUAUUGAAGGUCAACGGUACUGGUGUUACUUUAAAUGUACAAAUACGUAGUUAAAACAUGGUUAUAGUUGAGUUUAGGACGACUGGUAAUCCAUGUUUUACGUCAUAAUAAUAAUCAGUGUCCUCAUUUUACCAGCUUUCCGUUUGACCCUUUUUUACAGCCUUAUUUUUGUAGUUUUGAACGUUUUUCCACUCACAAAAAAGACAUUGUUGCGAAUGAGGGACUCCACUAAAACAGGGUGGAACGUAGAUUUCUUUUUUGUGCUCGACUUGGUACAACGAAGCUGCUCAUACUUCUUUAAACGAUGUUUGUGUGACUGAUUGUGCUUGUAGGUACUUUUUUUUUUUCACUUUUUUGCCAAAACAAAUUUCUAGAUUCAACCUUGCUGUCAUUCUCCCCUAGUGGCCAAUUGUAGGUAUUGUAGACGGAAAACAUAAACUGACCCACACGAUUGACAAAUACCUUUAAAAUGUUACCGUAAUCUUUUAGAAUUAAAGGCUGGAACUGCG